AUGGCUACUUCUUUGACAUCGCAGUUAGAAAAUCUGCGAACAUCGGCGGCACGUCAUCUGACCGUCGAGAAGCGUCAUGUAUCGUUGCUUUUUGAUAGAAAGGAAGCUGGAAAGCUCACAAAUGAGACCGCACAUCGAAUUGGAGUCGCUGGACUUGAGCAAAUGAAGCGAAUCGAUCCCAUUUUCGAUACCGAGAUUGCCAACGACUUGUUUUCCGACGAGCGUGUGGAUUUUGUCAGAUCCAUGCUCGAAAAAGAGGCCAACGAGUCGCUCAACAAGCAAAUCGAGAAGCUCCUCCUAGAACUUUCUCCCUAUCUCCAACACUUUGCGUGCCAACAAGUUCUCGAAUACCUCGUCCACACCUAUCAGAUCUAUUCCUUCAACGCUGAGACCCUUCUGCUCACUUUCCUCCCAUUCCAUGAGACCAAAGUCUAUUCUCGUCUCCUCAGAAUCCUGGAUUUCGACUGGACACGCUCCAAAGAGUGGCAAUUCAUGCAGCAAUACCUCAGAUCCGAGACUCCGAUCCCUUUUAGCUCAAUUUCUAAGGCCACCCUUGCCAGCAAGCACUCGAUUAUCAGUUGUAUCACUGAUCAUAUCAAGAAGGCUGUUGAUAUUGUUGGAAGUGAUUAUUUGGAGAUCAAACAUCCCUCUCUGUUUAAUUUCCAUGCCAAAUUGCUGUUGAGCAUGUUCAAUGACCCGGAGAAGGUCGAUGAGAUGAUGUUGGCCAAGUUGAUCCCGUUCAUUGAGCAUGGAAUUAAGAGCCCCAUGAAAUCGUUCCGCUACUCUGCAAUGGUUGUGAUCUCUCAACUCGUCCUAACCGUCAAACUCAAAGAAGACGUCCUCAACUCCCUCUGCAAAUUGCUCAUCACCAAAAUGCGCUCCGACACUUCAACGGCUUCUCUUAACACCCUUAUGGUCGUUUUUCAGCAGCAAAACGUGGAAAAUCUCUCGAAGAACACUCUGAAAAAGUUGCUACGACACGAUGAGGAUAUCGAUAUGUGGAAGGCGUUGAGAGAUCUGUCCGAGAGAACAGAUACUUCUAAAUUCUAUAAUAUCCUCUGGAAAGAGUUGGUGGCGUUGUCAAGAGAUUCUGAAUCUGAUGAGCAACAACUGGCAAUUGACGUGCUUCUGGAGACCAGUGACGAUGCGAGUCUUCUCACUUCCGAGCAAGCGAAGGCGUUCUUGAAGCUGAUUCUCGAAGAGGCGAUGUCCGGAAAUCUAAUCGACAAGAAGAACAAAAUGAAGGGGAACAUUCGAGCUAUCGGAAUUCGAUUCGCAAAACAAUUCGAUGAAAUUUACGAGGAGCUUAAGGAAAAGGAUAAAAAGGCGUUGAAGAGAAUCGUCAAGGAGAUAGAACUUGAAGACGUGGUCCAGAUGGCAUCGGAAUACAUAGAGGUGGCUCCAGAAGCAGCUUCAGAAGACGUUGAAGAGGUCCCCAAGAAGGUUCAUAAGCCUCUCACAGCUACGGAAAAAGCUGCCCAGCUAGCUGCCAACUCAGAAUUCUCAAAACGCGAAGUCUUCUCUGGCGAUCCGAUCAAAGAGGCAAUCAAAUGGAUUCAUCAGAAGAAAUGGGAGAAAGUCGAGUGGGCACUCAAUGAAAUGGCACAGCGAGGAGAGAAAUAUUUCGGAAAGAAGGUUGCAGAUGACGUCGAGGAGUUUGUCGUGGAGAUUGUCAAGAUUUGUGGAAACGGAGAAGUUAAAAGCAAUGGAAAUGUGGAUGCGAGUAGUGUGAAAGCGGCACUGGCUGGGGCCAAUCUCUCGCCACAAUUCAUCACGAGCCUCCUAACGAAAUUCGACGACGCCGCUGAGACGGCUCCAAAACGUGCCAAAGGCCCAGCAGCAACGAAGAAGAACGUCGUUGAGAAGACGUUCGGAAACGAUGAAUCCUGGGACGACUUCAACGGGCGCGUUGUGUUUGUGCUGGAUUUGUUGAACGCUCGUCAAGUGAUUCCAUCGAGUGAUAAGGUGUUGGCAGCGAUUUUCGGCAUUGUUAAGCAAACCAACUCUCGAUCCGACGCCGAGAGCUCAUCCUAUCAACAACAUCUCGCUGUAAAUGCCAUUCGAAAGAUCUUGGAGCACCCAGGAAAGACCAAAAUCGGCUCGUCAGAAGUGGAUAUGGAUUGUGUGAUCGAGACAAUGAGAUCCACCCAUAACCAUCAUCUCCUUCGUGACUGCCUUCGUUUAAUUGUGGCAGCCGCUAAGCAUACCCCGAACUCUGUCGUCAAACAUGUGAUGUCUGUGUUCACUUUCAUGGGAAAUGGAAUGCUCAGAAAGGACAACGAGUUGACCCUCACUAUCGUUGAGAAAACCGUCGAAUCCCUCUUCGCAACGAUUAUCAACUCAGGAGGAGCUUUAGGACAAGUCGUGCUCACCAAACAGCAACAAACCGAGAAACUCAUCGAACUGGCUCGUCUGUUCGCAGCCAGCGCUGUUGAUAUUCCAGCUCAUCGUCGUGCUCGGAUUGCUCAGGCUAUCGCGAGAGCAGUGGGAUCUGAGAAUGCGUCUACCGUAGUCCUGGUGCUGGUCUCGAGCUUCUGCGCUCGCUGGCAACGAUCUACGGAUGCGGGAGCACAGGAGGCGUUGAAGAAGGGGUCGGACCAAGAGGCCUAUGAUGACUUGGCGAUUGAGUUGCUAAGUGCGCUGAAUCCAUUCGAGCAGGACCAUCUGAAAAAUCAAUUCUUGAGCAAAAAUUCAAAUUUUCCAAAUUUUCAGCUCUCUAGCGUGCUGGAAAUGUGUGAAUACGUGCGUCGUCUUGGAGGCGACAAAGCCCCAACAACUCCAAAAUCCACAAUCACCAAGAAGGAUUUGGAUACGAUGAUCUUUGACAGAACCGCCCAAACGCUUCCACGAAUCCGUCACUUCCGUUAUGUAGUCGUCACGCUGAUCGCCAGAAUCUUCUCGAAUCGAGUGCUGAUCGAGCGAUUGGCAGCGUACGAUGAUGAGGAGCUGUUGAAGAAUGCGUUGCCACUUGGCAAGCGACUAAUUGAGUGCUCCGUGGAGUUGGAUGAAUUCGCUAACAAGGAAGCCAAUGCUCAGGAUGGCUCGGAUCCUCAAGCUCAGAGAUAUUGGGUGGCAUUCGCUUCAAAAACAGAAAUCGUUUCUGAAAAGCUAAGACACUUGUUGCCAGGAGGAGUGGCGGCGAGAUUGAUCGCUGAUGUGCUUCAAGAAUGCGUCAAUGAGAAGAAGCUGAGCUAUAAGAUGUGUGAGAAGGUUCUGCAGCUGGCCAACAUCAAGCUAGGACACGAUGGAUACCUGUUCAGUGAUAGUGGAAUCAACGAGAAGGAGCUUAUCACUCUAGCACAGGCUCUAAACAAAUUCAUUGUUGCUGAGACAAAGAGCGAGGAGAAGAUGAGAAUGUGUCAGAAUUCAGCGUUCACCUUGAAGCUUAUCGCUAAGAAUCUUCCAUCUCAAUCGGAAUCGUUGGUUCUUGCUGACACUAUGCAACGCUGCGUCUCCAUUGUCUCACAGUAUCAGAAACUCGAUGAGAAUCUUACUGGAAAUGUGCUCCUGCUUGCUGGAGAAAUGAUUCGAUCGCAUAAUAUGAGAUCAACGAUUCAUCAUGCUUCUAGUCUUCUGAAGACGUGCCUCGCUACCGUUCAGGAGUGUAUUCAGAAAUUCUCAAAGUCGUCGCAAUUCGAUUCGAGUGCUCCUUCGCCAGGAGGAUCGGUUGCAGGAGGUGCUGGAAGAGCCAAUCGAGGACACCGAAUUCGACAGCAAUCUUUGGGAGGCAACAAGUUUGGCAGUGAUACGUUGUUGAUCUGCUCUCUGACAUGCAUCCAACGCGUCUUCGACCAGUUCGCAUCGUUCGUCGUCGAAUCCACCGGCGACGUUGUCAUCCGUUAUUGCCGUCUCAUUUCUCGAUUUGGAGAUCCAUCUGAAUUGCUCAGCCUUAAUCAACCCAGCUCAUCAAGCAACGCCUUCCAAUACGACGGUGGAUCACAAACCAGCGGCUUCGGAAGCAAAUCCGGCAUUCAUCGUCGGCUAUCGUGCAUCCGACGAUCUCUAUUGUCGAUUGAGAUGAGAGUUUUGCCAGCUCAUAUUGUCAAGGCCGUUGGAGAGUUGAAAUCGGAAAAGAAAGCCCUGUGCGCUCUGUUCAACCUGCUCUCCGGAUUCAUCGAGACCCAACACCAACAGAAGCCCGACGCUCUUCGCAAGGCUGUCGUACAACUUCGUCACACGUUCGUCGCCGACAUCAUUACGCCGUCAUUGGAAUUCAGAAGUCAGCAGAGACAAGCCGAGGUGAGAUUUGUAGCAUUUUUAGGGAAUCUGAGGGAUCUGAAGCUGUCGAUUCUGAAGCUUAUGAAACUUAUAAUUCUGGAUCUUCCGAUCCUGGAGCUUCGGAUUCUGAAGCUUCUGGAGCCUCGGAUUCUUGAGCUUCUCAAUCUCAGGCUUCCGAUCCUGGAGCUUCGAGUUCUGGAUCAUCGGGAUCUUCCGAUUCUGGAGCUACUGGAGCUUCUAGAGCUUCUGUUGCUUCCGAUUAAGGGAAUUAUGGAGCUUCUGGAACUUUCAAUUCUGAUGCUUUCGAUUCUGGAGCUUCGGAUUCUGAAGCUUCUGGAGCCUCGGAUUCUUGAGCUUCUCAAUCUCAGGCUUCCGAUCCUGGAGCUUCGAGUUCUGGAUCAUCGGGAUCUUCCGAUUCUGGAGCUACUGGAGCUUCUAGAGCUUCUGUUGCUUCCGAUUAAGGGAAUUAUGGAGCUUCUGGAACUUUCAAUUCUGAUGCUUUCGAUUCUGGAGCUCCGGAUUCUGGGGCUUCUGGAGCCUCGAAUUCUUGAGCUUCCCAAUCUUAGGAUUCCGAUAUUGGAGCUUCUGGAGCUUCCAAUUCUGGAGCUUCCGAUUCUGGAUCUUCUGAUUCUGAAGCUUCCGAUUCUGGAGCUUCUGAACUCCUGUGACUUCUGUAAGCUCCCUAUACUGGAGCUUUUGAAGCUUAGGAUUCUGAAGCUUACGAUUCUGGAGAUUUUGAAGCUUAGGAUUCUGAAGCUUCCGAUUCUGGAGCUUCCGAUUCUUGAGCUUCCGAUUCUGGAGCUCCUGGAACUUCUGGAAUUUCCACAAUUCGAAAACGUUGAAAAACUGGAGCACACCGUCUUCAACUUCGUCGUCUCCAUCGCAAGCAUCCUGUCCGAAGUGGAAUUCCGUCCCGUCGUCAAUGAGCUUGUCGCGUGGGCGGAGCCAGGCCUCGAAUCCAAGGCUGAUCUCGCCUCUCGUCUGCGUCUCGUAUCCCUUCUUCACUUUGCCAACGAUCUCUACACCUCGUUCAACUCACUGGCUCUACCAUAUUUCGGACGCAUUCUCGAGGUUGCUGUGUCCGUUCUGAAGAGGUGCAAUGCCACGUUGUUGGGAGCCGAGGAGCUGUUGUUGAGUGGAAAACGUGGAUCUAUCGAAGCGUUGGAGACCGAUUUGGCGUUGACUCUGGCGAUUGAUGUGAUUUCGAAUGCGGCAAGGCAUAGGGACUUCUUUACGAUUGACCGCUGCCAACUGGUCUCCGAUGUGAUUGUCGACGAACUGGUCAACACGAAGGUGGAAGGACACGAGAAACGAUGCUCGGACCAUUUGGUCGCAGCCAUCUACCGUAUUGGAAAUGCUGAUCCGGACAACUUCCCAGAACUGCUCAACAAGAUUAUGCUCAAGACUCGUGACUCUCGUCCAAAGAUCCGCUACCGUACACUCAUUGUUCUGGAUUUGCUCAUCAAGGAGAUUGGAGAUGGUGUGCAGCCGCAUCUUUCGAUUCUGUUGCCAUUCUUGAAUGAGUUGAUUGAAGACGAGAACAAGCAAGUGGAAGCACAGUGCCAAAAAGUCAUCAACUCGCUUCAACACAAGUUUGGAGAGACAUUCUGGAGUGGAUCUUAA